AUGCUUGUUCGCCUUUCUUCGGACCAGGUUUCGGUUCUCAUUCCCGAAGACAAAACCAGGGACCUCGAAGCCUUGGCACUAAAUUUUCUGAGAGGCAAUGUGGUGAGCCGCAAGGAGUUGAGAUCUUUCAUCGGAAAAGCCAUGAGUAUUGCCACCAUCAUUCUGACGUGGAAGCCUUUCAUCACACAGCUUAACGCUGCUUUGCGUGGCAAGAUGAGCGAGAGUAACGCACCAGACGGAUGCGUCUGGACCAAGCAAGUGUCGCAACCUCCCAAGUGGAUUCUCGCCUUCAUUCGUGAGUUGGAAAGCCUUCAUCUAAGGACAUGGGUGGUGGCCGACUAUGCCAACAGUGGUUCACAGGUCAGUAUCACAUGGGACGCCAGCCCCUGGCGUUUUGGAGCGGUGCUUGUCGUUGACGGCACCACCGUCGAGUACUUAGCUGACGUUCCACACAAGUUCGAAACUGAACUUCUUGACAUCAGUUUGGGGGAUUGCGCUUCCCAGCAAGUCUUGGAGUGCCUGGCUGGAUUAGUGGCAUUGCGAGUGUGGAAACGAUACUGGCUGCAGCGCAGAUGCACGCUCAUUCUCCGUAGUGACAACGUGGGCGCGAAUUCCAGAUGGACCACUUGGCGGAAGUUCCACUUCGCCUGGUUUGGCGAUGAAGAAUUCGUCCCGCUGACGAGGACGAAGCUUCUUGCAGUUUCUUCCAUGUUCAAGGCUGGAAAGUACGUGAGCUUCGCUGGAUAUUUGUCUCGUGCAAAAGAAGAACACACUCUGGCAGGGCAUGAGUGGUACGCCCUUCUGCAAAGGACUGAAAGGGAUUGUCGCAGAUCUGUCACCAGAGGUUUGUCUACCAAACCUGCGUCUGCGCCUUUUGACUUUGAUAAAGUCAUGGACAAGGCGUCGUCCCCAGGUUCGAUCAAUGGCUCCGGUCAGGAGCCCUUCGAGCCCGCUUCUUUGAUUUGCAUCGGCACAUUAUUCAUGUGCAGAGAAAUCGAGCUGUCUGGGGCACUGGCGUCUGAGAUGUGGGUUAAUCACAAUAAGGCCAGAUUGUAUUUCAUGCUUCCUGCGUCAAAAACCGACAGCAAAGCCAAGGGCACCAUCAGUUCCUUGGACUGCCUCUGCUCUAUCACCAGGUUUUGUCCCGUGCAUCUGGUGUCUGGCUAUCAGGAGCGGCUCUUCAGAAAGUUUCCUGAGUGUGAUGGAUGGCAUCACGACUGCUUGCCACUUUUUCCGAAGAUGAACGGCGCACCGUUCGAAAAGGCGGAGAUCGUGAAUUACAUGCUGGGAGAUGGCUACACUCUGGACAUUGCUUCCGAGUCACUGGAGCCAGGCUUUGGUCUGGGUGAGGCAGAUUCAAAAUCCGUCUUGACAGUCUUGAAGGACUGUCUCGACAAACUGGACCGCAUUCUUGAACACAAAGGCAUGUCGCUAAGCUGUGCUGGCCACUUACGUGCGUGGCUAAUCGAAGCGCUGGACGAACACCUUGCUGAUCAACCGGAGAGCACAUUGAUCUGGGCAGAGCAGCUAACAGGUGAGCUCCUGAGAGGACUGACGGUUCCUGAAAUCAUUUUGGAAGCGUCACAGAUCCUGCCACGACAAAGCUUUGCGCUCUUCCUGUCGUGGUCCAAUCGCCACUAUAACCAAGAGACCAUUGAAGCACUGAUCUACAUCAUUAGACAGCAAGCGAAUGCCGCAACAGCUACUGAGAUUCUUACGAACAGACUGACAAAAAAGAAGGGCGCAGGGGUUCUAAUUGGGCUGAGAUCUGACCUUGCAGACCGCAGCAACAUCAAAUGGAACGAACUCGAGGAUAUGAAGGAGUUGAUGAUCAAGAGAAACAAAAUAUGGCAGAAGAUGGAUCGGGCCAUAGCUGGCUUUCCCUUUAGAUCCUCGUUGGUAGUGGCAGGGGACUUCAUCGCGAGAAGAUUGGUGGUGCUCAACACGUGGGGAAAGCCGGCCACCACAUACCGCCACACAAAUGGGGAGUCGCAGAUCGACUACCUGAUAACGCGCAAGCAAAGCGCAGACCUGGAGGAGGCAAACCCAAGCCUCUGGGAGCUGCACAGAGCCAUCAAGCAACACUGGAGCGACUCACCAGGCAAAUUGGCCAUGCCAAAGCAGCGCUGCGUGCAGACAGAGGUGGAAGCGCUGUGGAGGAACCGGGACUCACAGCUUGCCGCGGAAGAUGGCGGGGAGAAUGACGCGGAGAAGCUACAAGCGGAGCACAAACGCGACAUGAGGAAGCUGGCAAGACAGCGCACAAGGGAGAUGCUCUUGGCCACGCUGGAGUUGGUAGGCGAGGCCCAACAGGCAGGGAACAUGCAUGCACAGUACCAGUUCAUUCGGAAGAUUUGCCCCAAGUCUUUUCGGAGAAGGGUUUGUCUGAAAAAGGAGGACGGUGGGAUUAUGUCGAAUGAGGAAGAGUGUGCUGCCUUGGCAGCAUACGCCAGGAAGCUGUUCUCAGAUGCCGAGUUUGCACAGCCAGAUUUGCUUUCGUUGCCAAAGGAGUGGUUUACUCAGGAGGCCUGGAAGAUGGCUUUGCGCAAACUACAAACGCACAAAGCAGUCCCUAAAUUUUCGGCGAGUGUAUACAAUUGGAAGCUACGUGCCGAGCAGCUUGCCCUUACCCUACAACAAAUAGCAAUGUGCACCAUAUGCUCUGCACAACCGUAUGUGCCGGAUCUCUGGAUGCGAGUGCAGCUGGCCUGGCUGCCCAAGCCAAAUCGGGCGCCAACAUCGCCGUCCCAGCUGAGAAGCAUAGGAUGCGGCGUAGCUCCCAUGAUUUACGCAUGUUGGACGGUGAAGUUGUGCAAGGCUAUUGACAAGGAGAUGCUCGGCAUGGUGAUAAACUUCCAGAAGUCCAUGGCGGCGCUGGCAUUGAAGGGAACGCAGGCGCAACAUGUCAUCAACAAGCAUACAAAGCAGUGGAAUGGAGACAAGUGCUUGAUAUUGCGGUGCCCAGAGAAUGACAUCAAAAUCCCCGUUGUUAACAAUAUGGUUUACCUGGGAGUUGUGUUGAGCUAUGGACAGUUCGAAUUGGCGACAGCCAAACAUCGCUGCGCACAGGCCGGCAUCAACUUUGCGCAGCUCAAGAACGUGAUGCGCGUCAACGGUGUCCUCAGCAAGGCGCAGCGCCUCAAGGUGUAUGUUGCAUGCGUCUGGCCAUCUUUGAUGUACGGCAUCAGCGCGGUAGGAUGGUCAAAUCUACGCGUCCUGGAACAGGUGGACCUGUUACAACAGCAGAGCCAGAGCUCCUCACUGACACAGGUGGAGAUCCAAGAAGAAGAACGACGAGAUCCCCCCAAGCCACCGGUCGGGGACACACAGUCCACACAGGACAUUCCAGACAGAUCUGCUAUCAUUUCGAUCCUGGAGCGCACUUCAAUCAAGGACCUGGCCAAGCACAGCCAGACCCUCAUCUCCAAUGAGGCGGACGCUAAACCUAGCGCACCGAGAAAGACGGAAGCGGCGCCCAAGUACAAAUCCUUCAUCUCACCGCUGAAGGCAGCCUUUCAGCAGGGCAAGAGCAAUGCGGCGGCCAACAACAGGAUGAGCCUCGGGAGCACUCCCGAACUCAGCAAGGACCACCACGGCGAUGCAAUACAAGUGCGCACCAUUGCCAGUGUAAAGCAGGCCAAGGCAAAUUUGGGCACCAUCAAGCAGUUCUUUCAGCCCAGGCCGACAAUUCCAGCUCCACAACCCGAGCAAGAAUUCAUAUAUGUGCCAUGGUACUGUAGGCUUCGGCUACGGAACCCCAGUUCGAUAUGCUAUCUGAAUGCCGGAGUCUUAGCUCUGUUGCACGCAGUCAACGCGCUGCCGCAAUACCCAGUGGAGCUGUGUUUUCUUCGGAGCGUCGGACGGACAGCGGCAGAGCGGGGCACAGAGGUGACACUGACCAGAAUGAAUGGGCUGCGGAAACUCACGCCGUCUUGGGAGUUCACGCCUGAGCAACAGGAUACUGCCGAGAUUCUGCACCUCAUGUUUGCUAAUAUGCCAGACUUACAGGUCAUAUGGGAUACACGCAAAGUCACCGAGGAGGGCAUUCGCCUCUGCACUCAAGGAGCAAUGCCGGUGGCUAUACCCAUGCCCACCGCGGGAGAUGCAGUCAUGCUCCAGGACGCAAUACAAGCAUGGAGCUCGAUGGACGAGGCGGUCACGGCCCUAACAGUUCAUGCAGACAUGAUAUGCAUACAGUUGGGGCGGUAUCAGCCACACGGCAAGCGCCUUAACAUCGUUGAUUUGCCAGAGCAGGUCACGCUCCCAGUUUUUCAGGAAGACUCAAGUGUGCAAUGGCAGCCAUACUAUGUGAGCGGCGUUAUCAUUCAUCUGGGCAGGACUCCAACCACUGGCCAUUACCGUGCCCUUCUUCGGGUCAGGGCCUCGUGGUGGCUCACAGAUGACGGCAGAGAAGCACUGGACAAGACAACACAGGCGGAGGGCGGCUUCUUUGACCAGUACUGGCCAAGCGUUCAGGCCGCGCAAGCAGCUGGAGCACGCCAGAUGGAAGAGGAUGAGGAUGUGGCGAAAGCGGAUGCGGACAGAGCCGCCAAACAGCCGCGCUUCGGAGAGCCCAAGGGCAACCCCGGAAAGGGAAGUGGCAGCUGGGAGGAGACUGAAUGGCCUGAGUGGGGCAAUGACUUCUCGGACAAAUGGGGAUCCGAUUCCAAGGAGUCCAAGGAGGCCAAGGAGAUCAAAGAGGGCAUCUUCUCGCUGCAAAAGAUGACCCUUAGGCACGAGGAUUUCGGCAACUGCAUCAAGGCAGAGCUAUGCUGGGUAAUGUUCCUCCGCCUAGACAUGCGCGCGUCUAUUGUGCCGUCGCUGUAUGCCAUGCAGCAAAAAUGGAGAGAGCUCAAGGAGAAGCAUCCGGAGCAGCUCACGGCGCCAAUGCGCAUAGACUUGGUCAAGGCAAUGUUCAGGGAGUUUGCGGCCAGGCUGGAAAACCUUCCCCAGCAGGAGGAGCAGAUGGCCAUCUUGGCGAAAUUGGGCUGGCUGAGCAAGGACCCCAUGGCCUGGCACUAUGUGCGUUGGGACCCGGACAACGAGCGACUACGAGCGGACACAGAGCGUGACCCGAUUCCUCACGCCCAGGUGGCCGCAGUAGUGGGCUCCAUCAUGCAGUUGGUGGCUGCAGAUGUGGUGACACGCUUCCACCCCAGCAGGGAGAUCACGAAGCAGAUGGGAGGCAAGAACCUCACAAUGUCGCUACAGACGGCGAUCCAUGGAGAUGCGGCAGCCAGCAUUCGGCAGCAUCUGCGCACCCUCAGCGGGCUCGGUGCCACGCAACUCUUGGGCAUGAGCGUACGCCAAGAGCUCCGCGCUGGCAAAUCUCAUUCAGCGCCAGAUCGACGGAUGAGACACAAGUGUCCAUGA